GAACAGACCCUCUGCUUUCAAACAAACAAGCAAAAAAAAAAAAACAGGGAAAAGUUUCAUCCUAUCUUCAUUUGUUCUCUUUUAUAACUUCUUAAAUAGGGUUCAGUUUCUAGGUUUCAAAAUACCAAAUUUUAAACGAAAAGCUGAAAUAGUUGAAUUUUUAUUUAAAAUUGAUUAAAUUCAUUUUUGCUUCAGUUUUUUAUAAAUUGGGCAAGAGUGCCAUCUAGUGGAUAAUAGCGGAAUUACAAAUUAGCAUAAAAACCUGUCAGGAAAGAGUCUUUGGCAGGGAAAUAAUUUCUCUUAAUUGACAAGAUAACUCGUCAAUGGCAGGGAAAGAGUUAAAGGUACACACACCAAAGGAAAACAGCGUAUUUUUGCUCCCACCCAAAUAGGGGCAUUUUAGACAUGUUAUAGACGGUUUCAGCAGUAACAACAUAAACAUGCGGCUUUCGUGGUCAUCACGUAACUUCUGGUAAACUCUGCAAAGAAUAAAUUACAACAAAGUCCUUUUAAAGUAGUUUAUUUAUAUAACAAGCAAAAAAAAACCACGUAGAUUAAAUAGGAACCCAAACAUUUAUUAUUUUCGAUUAGGUAUUUCUUUAAGAGUUCAGUUUCAACAGUCAGACCAUUAAACAAACAGAAACCGGAAGUAAAGUUCGGACCAGACGCUUAUUGCGUCACACACGUGCGCCUGAUGAAACCGUCUAUAACCAUAAGCACUAUUCGGACGGGAUUAGUUUUCCAAACAACGUUCGAGUUUCAACGUGUCCCCCAGGACGUCUGUGAUUUUAUGUACCGAUUCGGACGGGAUUUAAAUGAUGCAGGCUAUUCCAGAGAUGGGAGUGUCUGUUUAAUGCAUUUGGGCGUUGCAGAAGAGCACGUGCUGUGGAUACGCGUGUUUGUAAUGUUUAAUAUUUUUCUUAAAUGUUGAAGUAUGACAGAACAUGUAAUUUAUUCAUUUAAUUUUAAUAAAUCAAAAUAAAAUAUACAAAUCCUAAUAAAGUAACGUAAGUCUACGUGUUUUAUAUAACUCUCUACUUAUAAUAAACCCAAAGAAAUUUAGAAAUAAUGAUUAAUAACAAUUAUUAUCUUUAUUAAUUAACUUUACCAUUCCGGAGUUGAACAACUUUGAACGGAGUUUCUUAUAACGUUAAUGAUAUUACAGUGGCCAGUCUUAACAGUGUUUGAUAUUCAGCUCGUCUGGAUUUAAUUAUUUUAUUUUGCCGAAUGCGAAAAAACAUCCAUAUCUGAAUGAAUGGGACUCAGAAAAUACAAUAUACGCGCAUUAGUAAGACCUUACGGCAGAUCACGUUGGCCAAAACACAAAAUGAACCGCAUUUUCAAAAGAUAUUGCGGGCAAACACAGACAUUUGCAUCCGGACGGGAUUAAAUUUCUCAGAGUUCGGCGAAAAACAGUGGGUAAAUUGCUCUGGAAUUCUUACGGAGGUUAUCAGAGAAAAAAACCCACAUGGACAGGAUUAAAAACACGAUUUUCUCAGAGGUCCCCCUGUUAAACUAAUCCCGUGCGAAUAUGACUAUAGACUGUAAAAAACUUUGGACGUUGUGUCCGUUACGUCAUCAUAGCUUUUUUGAAGCCAAUAGUAGGCCGUGCCUGCCGUCGCCAUCUUGGCUGCGCAUCAACGUAAAAAAAAACACUCUUAAUUAUGCAGAACUUUAAGGCUUAAUAUAAUUUAAACAAAUGAGUUACAAAAAAAUUCACCCCCUUACAGUUGUCAUGAAGGGAAAACUUAGCUAUAAAGACCAAAAACUAUUUUUGUACCAGGCUGUACAUUUUUUUACUGUAAAGUUGGGCAUUUUAACAUGGGGAUCUAUGGAUAUUAACUGCCUUUGGAGCCAGCCUCUAGCGGCCAGUAGCUAAAUUGCAGUUUAAGUCACUUCUGUCAUUUGAAAGAUUGGAACGUUGCUCCUUGGUUAUAACAAAUGAUCUGUAGCGUAUUUUAACUCCAAAGACACAUUCUAGGUCAGUGGUCACCAACCCUGUUCCUGGAGAUCCACUUUCCUGCAGACUUCACCUACAACCCCAAACACACCUGAACCUGCUGAUCAAGCUUUUCACAGCUACCUAAAAAUGUAAAGGUUGGAUCUAGAGAUGGAGGAGGGUCUCCAGGAACAGGGUUGGUGACCACUGUUCUAUAGGCACACCUGAGAAUUAUAUAACAUCUUGUAAAAAUGAGUAUAAUAUGUGUCCUUUAAAUAAACAUUUGUACUUUUAUGUACAUCAUUAAUAAUGUAAAAAAAUGACACUGUUCCUUUAUGUGUUAUCUAGGUCAGUGUUUCUCAAACCUGGUCCUCAAGGACCCCCUUCCAGAAAGUUUUAGAUGUCUCCCAAUUUAAAACACCUUAACUAACUCAUCAGCCUCCUUUCAGAAUGUCUCCCUAACAAGCUAAUAAUUUAAAUCAGGUGUGUUAAUUAAGGAGACAUCUAAAACAUUCUGGAAGGGGGUCCUUGAGGACCAGGGUUGAGAAACACUGAUCUAGGUCAUCAAAAACAUUUUUGUAGUUUAGAGUGCAUGAGAGUUUGAAACAAGUAUGGUUAUCAAUUAUUUCCUGUCGGUGGAUGUAUCAAAUCCUUUUCCAAGGAAAUCAUAAACAACAUGCAGUAAGUGAAUAUGUUUUUUUAUUCUUUACACUCAAUGAGAAGAUACUCGUGUUUGCUCAUGAGUCGGUUGCCGCUGUCAGAUUGCAUUUAGGAAAUAAGUACACAGCGUUGACUUGCUGAGUUCCUGUAUCUCCAUGCAUGACUGGAAUCUGGAUGUAUAUUUUACUCCAAAGAUCACACAAAUGGACGAGACCCCAAGGCGAUCAAACAUUCAGCUGAUAAGAGAUUGAAAUAAUAGACUCAUCCGCAUGCUGUAUAACACUCUUUAACACAUUAUACUCUCAGACUGUUCCCACAUGGUGAUGGAUCUUCUCUGGGUACUUUUGGAUGGAAACCUGCAGCUGUUUUACCAGUUUCUAAACAUUCCUUUUGCUUUGCUGUCGUAUUAUUUGGCUAGAAGUGGACGUCUCUCAGUAGUAAACAGGUUUAUCUAUUUGGCACUGGGUGGCAUCGUCCUGGCUGCUGUGACGAUGGGUCCGUACAGCGUUCUGCUGUUUAUCAGUUCUGGUUUUUCCCUUCUGCUGAUUCGAUUUUUGGACCCAACGCAUAUUUAUCGGUGGACUUUAGGAUUGCAGAUGUGCUGGCAAACGUUUUGGCAUUCGUGCAUACAGUACCAGCAAUACUGGCUGCAGGAGACACCCGACUCCAGGCUUUUAUUGGCGGUGUCUGCUCUGAUGUUGAUGACACAGAGGGUUUCAUCUCUAUCUCUGGAUCUUCAGGAGGGAUUAGUCGGCGUAGAUCAUCAUUCAGGGAUCUUUGUUUCAUUUCUGAGCUACUUGCUUUGUUUUCCAUCUCUCCUCGGAGGACCGCUUUGUGAUUUCAACACUUUUGUGGAGUCAGUAAGGCGAAUGAGCCGGGCUCCACCCCUAACGUCCUGCCUAGGUAAUCUUGCAUCGAAAACAUUGCAAGUUUUAGUUUUAGUUUUGAUUAAAUAUGCUCUACAUAUGCUCCUGAAAUCCAACACACGAGAGAUAUUAGGGAUCUGGAUCUUGGCCCUGCUACUGAAAACAAACUAUUAUGCACACUGGAAAGUAAGUGAGUGUGUUAACAAUGCCGCAGGCAUGGGUCUCCGUGGUUACCGUCACGCUGGAAAACCAUCAUGGGAUGGGAUGUCUGAUGGCAACCCAUGGCUGACUGAACUGUCGUGUCGACCUUCAGUGUUUGCUCGUGAGUGGAACAGAACCACAGCGGCGUGGCUUCGGAGAAUAAUCUUCCAAAGGUGCAACACAUCUCCGCUCCUCGUGACUUUUGGGUUCUCGGCUUGGUGGCACGGACUUCAUCCUGGUCAGAUUCUGGGUUUUCUCAUGUGGGCCGCCACCGUGCAUGGUGACUACAAGUUACAUCGCUUCCUGAAACCAAAGCUUACCUCCCCGUGGAGGAAGCGGUUAUAUGUGUGUCUAAGCUGGGCCUUAACACAACUCACCAUUGCAUGUGUUGUUAUUUGUGUCGAGCUUCAAAGUUUUAAGUCAGUCGGAUUUCUCUGUUCUUCAUAUAUCACUGUGUUUCCAUUCCUGAGUGUUCUGUUCAUUAUGAUCCUGUGAGAAUUAAACAGGAAUUUAAAUGAUACGAAUAGUAAUUAGAUGCUAUCUAUAUUGGCAGAUACUAUUUGGACCCCAGUAUUUUUGUAGAUUAACAGGAUCCGAUAAUUACACAGAGAGUAAAUGAUUAUAUUUAUAGAAAUGAUGAAAUAGAUGCAUUAAUGGGAGAAUAAAAAUCCUUCCUAUAGCGACCCCCAACCCUACCCAAUACUUUUAUUUUUAAUAAACAUUCAUAAUGCUGGAUUCACACUAAACUUGGUAAAAGUGGCAAAACCGCACUAUUCGCACAUAGUUGGACACC